ACCCAACAGACUAAAUUAGAAUCAAAGGAAAGGUACUUAGGCAUAUUGACCUUGAAGACCUGAUAUAAAAGUCUGUAUUCUCCAGGGACUGCCAACUCAAUCGUAUACUUAGCAGGCGACUGAUCUUGUAUAUUAUCUACAUUUGUCAAAAUGAUGGACAUGUCGGAUUUCGGGGAGGCGGCUACGUUUCUAAGAAAGAGUGAUAAGGAGUUAAUGAUACAACAAACAAUUGCUUUUGAAGGUAAAAAGAAAUGUUGGAUACCGGAUGACAAAGAAGCCUAUCUGGAAGCGGAGAUUAAGGAGACCAGCGGUGAUAAAGUUACCGUUGAGGUUGCUGGUGGAAAGACUGUUGUUGUUAAGGAUUCCGAUAUUCAGCAGAUGAACCCUCCCAAGUUUGACAUGAUUGAAGAUAUGGCAAUGUUGACCCAUCUGAAUGAGGCAUCUGUGCUGUAUAAUCUGCGUAAACGCUAUGCUAACUGGAUGAUCUAUACCUAUUCUGGACUGUUCUGUGUGACUGUAAACCCUUACAAAGCACUUCCAGUCUACAAGACCGAGGUGGUCGCUGCAUAUAAGGGCAAAAGACGAUCUGAAUCCCCUCCCCACAUCUUCUCCAUUGCGGAUAAUGCUUAUCAUGAUAUGUUACGUAAUCGAGAGAACCAGUCAAUGUUGAUUACUGGAGAAUCAGGUGCUGGCAAAACUGUGAACACGAAACGUGUUAUUCAGUACUUUGCCACCAUAGCUGCUAUUGGCGACCCAACUGGUAAAAAGAGCCAACCUGCUACCAAGACCGGGGGAACACUUGAAGAUCAAAUCAUUCAAGCAAACCCAGCUCUAGAAGCAUUUGGAAAUGCCAAAACAUUGAGAAAUGACAAUUCGUCUCGUUUUGGUAAAUUUAUACGGAUCCAUUUUGGGACCACAGGCAAGCUGUCAUCUGCUGAUAUAGAGAUCUAUUUACUGGAAAAAUCUAGAGUAAGUUUUCAGCAGCCUGGAGAACGAAGUUACCACAUAUUUUACCAGAUCACUAGUGGGAAAAAAGCUGAACUCCAGGAUUUGUUGCUGGUGAGCACAAACCCCUAUGACUUUCAUUUUAGCUCACAAGGUGUGGUCACGGUGGAUAACUUGGAUGAUGGUGAAGAACUGAUGGCAACUGAUCAAGCAUUUGAUAUUCUGGGAUUUAUUCCUGAAGAAAAAUAUGGUGCCUAUAAACUGACAGGUGCUAUAAUGCAUUUUGGAAAUAUGAAAUUUAAGCAGAAACAGAGAGAAGAGCAAGCAGAGCCCGAUGGCACAGAAAGCACUGAUAAGGCGGCCUACCUGAUGGGUGUUAGCUCCUCUGAGUUGGUGAAGGGACUGAUGCACCCUAGAGUUAAAGUUGGUAAUGAAUAUGUGACCAAAGGUCAAACAGUGGAACAGGUUGUCUACUCUGUCGGUGCAUUGGCCAAAGGCAUAUAUGACAGAAUGUUUAAAUGGCUAGUGAUUCGCAUCAACAAGACCUUGGACACAAAGUUAUCCAGACAGUUCUUCAUUGGUGUCCUUGAUAUUGCUGGAUUUGAGAUUUUUGAUUUUAACAGCUUUGAACAGCUUUGCAUCAACUUCACAAAUGAAAAACUACAACAGUUUUUUAACCACCAUAUGUUUAUCUUGGAACAAGAAGAAUAUAAGAAGGAAGGCAUCGAAUGGGAGUUUAUUGAUUUUGGGCUAGACUUGCAAGCUUGUAUUGACCUGAUUGAAAAGCCUAUGGGGAUAUUGUCAAUCCUUGAAGAAGAGUGCAUGUUCCCUAAGGCUUCCGAUGUAACUUUCAAAUCGAAGCUGUAUGACAACCACUUGGGAAAAUCUCAUAACUUCCAAAAACCCAGACCAGAUAAAAAGAGGAAAUAUGAAGCUCAUUUUGAACUUGUUCAUUAUGCUGGUGUGGUUCCAUACAACAUUAUGGGCUGGUUGGAAAAGAAUAAAGAUCCACUAAAUGAAACAGUGGUGGCUCUCUUCCAAAAAUCUUCCAACAAAUUGCUGGGAAGCUUGUUUGAGAACUAUAUCAGUGCAGAUAGCGACCAAACUGGAGAAAAGAAACGCAAGAAAGGUGCUUCUUUCCAAACCGUGUCAUCUAUGCACAAAGAAAACCUAAAUAAACUGAUGACCAACCUUAGGUCAACUGCACCUCAUUUUGUACGUUGCAUUAUCCCCAAUGAAACAAAAACUCCAGGUGCAAUGGAUCCAUUUUUGGUACUUCAUCAGCUGAGAUGUAACGGUGUCUUGGAAGGGAUUCGUAUUUGUCGGAAAGGGUUUCCAAACAGAGUUUUGUAUGCUGACUUCAAACAGAGAUACCGGAUCCUAAACCCAAGUGCUAUCCCAGAGGAUAAAUUCGUAGACAGUAGAAAAGCCUCUGAAAAACUUUGUGGAACUUUGGACAUUGACCAUACUCAGUAUCGUUUCGGGCAUACCAAGGUCUUUUUCAAGGCUGGACUCUUGGGUCAUUUGGAAGAAAUGAGAGAUCAAAGAUUAUCUAAGAUUCUUACAAUGAUCCAAGCAAGAGCAAGGGGAAAACUAAUGCGUAUAGAAUUCCAGAAGAUUUUGGAAAGAAGAGAUGCACUGCUUGUGAUCCAGUGGAAUAUCCGUGCUUUUAUGGCAGUAAAGAAUUGGCCAUGGAUGAAGCUUUAUUUCAAGAUCAAACCUCUACUGAAGUCUGCAGAAACAGAGAAAGAAAUGGCAAAUAUGAAAGACGAGUUCUUGAAACUGAAGGAAGCUUUAGAAAAAUCUGAAGCCAGAAGAAAAGAACUUGAAGAAAAACAAGUUUCUUUGGUGCAGGAGAAAAAUGAUCUGACUCUUCAGCUUCAAGCAGAACAAGACACAUUGGCUGAUGCAGAGGAACGGUGUGACUUACUCAUUAAGUCUAAAAUCCAAAUGGAAUCUAAAAUCAAAGACCUCACAGAGCGUAUAGAAGACGAGGAAGAGAUGAACUCAGAAUUAAGCGCUAAGAAAAGAAAAUUAGAGGAUGAAUGUUCAGAACUUAAGAAAGAUAUUGAUGAUCUUGAGAUAACCUUGGCAAAAGCAGAAAAAGAAAAACAUGCAACUGAAAAUAAGGUGAAGAAUUUAACUGAAGAAAUGGCAGCUCUUGAUGAAACUAUAACUAAAUUAACCAGAGAAAAGAAAGCUUUACAAGAGGCACAUCAGCAAACUCUGGAUGACCUUCAAGCUGAAGAAGACAAAGUCAAUUCAUUGACCAAGAUGAAAAUAAAACUUGAGCAGCAAGUGGAUGAUCUUGAAGGCUCACUAGAACAAGAAAAAAAGGUCAGAAUGGAUUUGGAGAGAGUUAAACGUAAGCUCGAGGGAGACCUGAAGCUGACACAGGAGAGCCUCAUGGAUACUGAAAACGAUAAACAGCAAAUGGAGGAAAAGCUUAAAAAAAAAGAGUUUGAAAUUAACCAGCUGACUUCCAAAAUGGAAGAUGAACAAGCUAUGUUGGCCCAGCUGCAGAAGAAGAUAAAAGAGCUACAGGCUCGCAUAGAAGAAUUAGAAGAAGAGCUGGAAGCAGAGAGAGCAGCUCGAGCAAAGGUAGAAAAGCAGAGAUCUGAUCUUUCUAGAGAACUGGAAGAAUUAAGUGAAAGACUUGAAGAAGCUGGGGGAGCAACAUCUGCCCAGUUGGAAAUGAAUAAAAAACGAGAAGCAGAAUACCUAAAAUUACGUAGAGAUCUUGAAGAGGCAACCUUACAUCAUGAGGCCACAGCCUCUGCUCUUAGGAAGAAGCAUGCUGACAGUGUGGCGGAACUAGGAGAACACAUCGACAAUCUGCAAAGAGUUAAGCAGAAACUUGAAAAGGAGAAGAGUGAACUGAAAUUGGAAGCAGAUGACCUGGCCUCUAAUAUGGAACAAUUAGCUAAAUCAAAGGCUAUAUCAGAAAAAUUGUGCCGCACAUAUGAAGACCAAUUAAAUGAAACUAAGACAAAGCUAGACGAGAUGACUCGCCAAGUAAAUGAUCUAACCAGCCAAAAAGGAAGACUUCAGACUGAAAAUGGAGAAUAUGCUAGAGUUCUUGAAGAGAAAGAGUCUUUAAUAAGCCAACUAUCACGUGGAAAAUCUUCUUUUACUCAACAAAUCGAGGAGCUUAGAAGACAACUUGAAGAAGAGACAAAGGCCAAGAAUGCAUUAGCCCAUGCUCUGCAAUCUUCCAGACAUGAUUGUGAUCUCCUUAGGGAACAGUUUGAUGAGGAGCAGGAAGCCAAAGCUGAACUCCAAAGGAGCUUGUCAAAAGGCAAUGCUGAAGUGGCACUUUGGAGAAAUAAAUAUGAAACAGAUGCAAUACAAAGGACAGAAGAACUUGAAGAAGCCAAGAAAAAGCUAGCUGCCCGUCUUCAGGAAGCAGAAGAAGCAGUCGAGGCCGCUAAUGCUAAAUGCGCUUCUCUGGAUAAAACAAAGCACCGUUUGCAGAGUGAGCUGGAAGAUAUAAUGAUUGACUUGGAGAGAGCGAACGCAUCUGCUGCAGUCAUGGACAAAAAGCAGCGCAACUUUGACAAAAUUAUUGCUGACUGGAAGCAAAAGUACGAGGAAGCUCAGGCUGAGCUUGAAGCCUCACAGAAGGAAGCCCGAAGCCUCAGCACUGAGUUGUUUAAAUUGAAGAAUGCCUAUGAGGAAGCUCUAGAUAUCUUGGAAACCGUGAAGAGGGAAAAUAAGAAUCUGCAAGACGAAAUAUCAGACUUGACAGAUCAGAUCAGUGAAGGAAACAAGAGUCUCCAUGAGGUAGAAAAAGUGAAGAAACAAGUAGAGCAAGAAAAGUCAGAGGUUCAAGUUGCUCUAGAAGAAGCAGAGGGUGCAUUGGAGCAUGAAGAAAGCAAAUCCCUUCGUUUCCAACUAGAAUUGUCACAAAUAAGAGCAGAGUUUGAAAGAAAACUUGCAGAAAAAGAUGAAGAGACAGAAAAUAUCAGGAGAAAUCAGCAGCGCAUCAUUGAAUCACUUCAAUCCACCUUGGAGUCAGAAACUAAGAGUAGAAAUGAGGCCAUUAGGCUGAAGAAAAAAAUGGAAGGGGACCUGAAUGAAAUGGAAAUUCAGCUAAGUCAUUCUACACGCCAAGCCACAGAAGCCACCAAAGCACUGCGUAAUCUUCAAGCGCAUAUCAAGGAUUUGCAAGUCCAGCUGGACGAUUCCAUUCAUUUCACUGAGGAUCUGAAGGAGCAGGUGGCAGUUAAUGAGAGACGGAACACUCUCCUUCAGUCUGAGCUUGAUGAGUUACGGGCCGGACUGGAUCAAACUGAGCGUGCUCGGAAGCUUGCCGAGCAAGAACUUCUGGAAGCUACAGAGAGAGUCAAUCUGCUCCAUUCUCAGAACACAAGCCUAAUAAAUCAGAAGAAGAAGUUGGAGAGCGAUUUGUCCCACAUGCAGAAUGAAGUUGAGGAGGCCAUUCAAGAAUGUAGAAAUGCUGAAGACAAAGCAAAAAAAGCAAUCACGGAUGCUGCCAUGAUGGCAGAGGAGUUGAAGAAAGAACAAGACACAAGCGCUCACCUUGAAAGGAUGAAAAAGAAUAUGGAACAAACUAUCAAGGAUCUGCAGAAGAGACUGGAUGAAGCAGAGCAAAUCGCACUGAAAGGUGGAAAGAAACAGAUUCAAAAGCUGGAGUCUAGGGUGCGUGAACUGGAAAAUGAACUGGAAGUAGAGCAGCGUCGCAAUUCAGAAUCACUUAAAGGGGUUCGCAAGUAUGAACGCCGCAUCAAGGAGUUAACUUACCAGGCGGAUGAAGAUAAGAAAAAUCUGAUUCGUAUGCAAGAUUUGAUAGAUAAGCUUCAACUUAAAGUUAAGAGCUACAAGCAUCAAUGUGAAGAGGCUGAAGAACAGGCCAAUCAGUACUUGGGGAAAUACAAGAAACUGCAGCAUGAGUUGGAUGAGGCUCAGGAAAGGGCUGACAUAGCAGAGUCUCAAGUGAAUAAACUCAGGAGCAAAACCAGAGAUGCAGGUGGAAAGGUCCGUGAGGAGGAAUGAAAGGCUAAAGGAUGAAGAUCAAAACAAGGCUUCUAAAAAUAUUGUGUGAUUUCUGCGAGUAUGUGCACUUUGAGUGUACUAUAAUGUGCAAAACAAAUAAACAUGUAAACAAGUGUUUCUCUCCCCUAUUGUUACUCACAGCAUUUUACAGAAAAUGACCACAUCUCACAGUUUUCUAUAAUUAUUUGAUGUGCUAGCUUCCACUUUGAUGCUUGUGGGGCACUUAGUUCUUAAAAUUA